AUGUCAUCAUGGAGACUAGUAGCAUCUGUUAGAACUCUUCCUUCAAGUUUGAGACUCGAAUUAGAUGGUGCACAAGUGAAUUCUUAUGAAGAAUUUGUACCGAAUAUCAUCUCUGAAAGCAGGGCUAAUAAGAUUGGCCUAAGGCAUCUCAUCCACAAUCCAGACAAAUAUUGCGUUCUGGAAAGAUAUGGUAAUGGAUUCUGGAUACGUUAUGAUGUACUUCAAAUGGAUUUACAAGAGGUCGAAGAUGAAUUUACAGGCAAUGAGCAUUUGAUCAAUUGGGCGGCCAUCAAAGAAUGGAAUCUUAUGGGGUUUAAAGAUCUGCUGCCGUUGUGGAAAGAGGAUGUUAUGUCACGGCCAGCCAGCCAGCAAGUUGUAGAUCUUGAGAUGAAGCCUCCCGGAGAGGAUAAAUCUCAUAAUGAAGUCAUAAAAUUGGAUCCCGCAACCUUUUUAGAGGCCAAAUAUUAUGAUUCCUUGUUCAAUAUUCAUCUUCCACUGGCCUACUUUGUUAAAUCAACCUUAAGUCGGCUGAAGAAUGCUUGUAAUGUAACAUUUGGUAAAGAAAAUGCAUAUUUAACCAUAAUUUUGGGUAUUCUCAAGAGAAUUGAUGAAUUCGACCAGAGACAUGCAGAUGGGGGAUUAGUGAUAAAAGAUGUGGGGCCAAUUGCAGCAGAGAAACGACAAUCAUGCCUAGAGAAAUUUGGUGUGAGAGUAAGCGGAGAUUUUAACGAUGAUAAUAACGAUCAGUCAAGUUCCAUUAAAGAAUUACCGGGAAUUCUGAAGAUUCGUGAAAUUAAAUUACAGAUUAUUAUAUUAUUGGAAACUAUUGCACACCAUCAACUGGAUGCCAAUUUUGAAAACUUCGAAAGUAGGUAUAAAUCCAAAUUAAAGAAAAGAUCAUUAAAUUUGACUAAGUUGAGAGCCCUACCGAUGAAAUCCAAAUUGAAUCGACGAAAACCAGCUGAUAACCCAACGAAAACCACAGAGCAAUUGGACUAUUGCGAACAAUUAGAUCUGUAUUUGGAUAAAAUCUGCAUAUUAGAUAUUCUUUUAGCGAGUGAACCAGCUGGACCUGAAGAUGAAAAUAUCGAUACCAUACAAGAGCAUAAGAAAAAUCUUCUUAACAAGCACAAAGAGUCAUCCUCCGCGGGCUUUAUUAAUUACGUUUUAGUGCCAUAUUUUGCCAAGAGGGUACCCAAUGCAGUUAAAUUUACCAUUCAAAAAUUGAAAGGUCCUAGCUUGAAAUCCAGGAAAACUUCAGAGAGAACCGUUCCUGAGAGAGGUUCUUCAUCAUUGGCUGAUGCUAGACAUGAAUCCGUUUCAAGGCUAAGUUCUACUCCAUCUUCACCACAACUAACUCCAGCGGUACCUUGGCAUAGACAUAGUUCAGCGAAUCAAGAACUGUUGAGCACUAAAACUGGUUCUAAUGCUAGUGCUCUAUUUGAGUCAGGUUCAUCACUUUUGAAGAAGCCAGCAUUUAUAUCAAGAACGAAAUCUGAUUUGACCAUGAAUUUAAUGAGAAAGAGACAGCUGUCUGUGACAGAUUUGAGCUCUAAUGACCGCAAUAUGACCGCCAAUGAUGAGAAGAACAACGGUGAAAGGGUAAGGCUGCUCACACAAAGCCAAAAAUCGUUUCGUAGGGUUGGGAUACGUAAAGGUGAAAGAGAAGUUCCGGAUCCUAAAGCUGGGAAAGAAGAAACUGAAGCGGUUCAAGUUAUGGGUACACCAUUGGUUAAAGUGUCUGGAGGAACACCAAGUAAGAGGGCAAAAUUACAAAACAUUGUGGAGUCACCUGUGAAUGCUGGGGCCUCUGCACAGCAAUCAACAAACAUUAAAAACUUACAAAGCUCACCAAUCGUAUAUGGGACCCCACAGCAGAACUAUGAACCAACGCAACCGAAUGGGAAUAAAUCUAGGAAAAAUAUUAAAAGACGUUUGUUUGCACCUUAA